GAAUGUCCGCAAAAUAUGUCCGCAAAAAUAAGCCCCCAAAAAACGUCCGCAAUAAAAGUCCGCAAGAAUAAGCCGAGAAAAAUGUCCCAAAAAAAGUGUCCGCAAAAAUACUUAUGCAAAAGUAAUCCGCAAAAAUCUAUGAAAUUAAUUUUAAAUUUAAGAUCAAAAGACAAAAACCCCCCAAUUCCAAACAACAAAACAUUAAUUUAUCUGUUAGACGACAAAAUCUAUAUUAAAAACAAAGAAGAUUUUUACAAAGAAAUUGAGCCAAAAGGGUUGACAACACAAAAAUAUUAUUUAAUUCUUUGGACAAAUAUAUUUUUUAAAAAUGAAAUUUUUUUGGGGGAAACAAAGGAAACAAUAAAUAAAUCGUGUAGUCCUCCUUUAAGAAAAAUUGAAAAUAAAAAAUAUUUGGAGGAUUUGGAGAGAACUAAAAAUUAUUUGGAAAAGUGGAAAAAUGAAGCAGAAAAAUUAUCAAGUGAAUAUACAAGUAUUUUUAAAUAA